UGAUAAAUAACAACAGUCAGCUGCCGAUAAGUUGGUAGGAGAGUAGUUUAAAUGUCAUUAAAGAGAAUAUGGUAUCAUAACUGUGCAGCUUUACGUCGUAACGCUAACUGGAGAGUGAAGUUUUAACGGUUGGGAGUUAGUUUGUUAUAGUUUGUUUCAUUGUCUCAAUUCUCGAGAGUAGAAAAUGAGCAUCAAUGGAAAUACAAAUACAGAUUUAUAUGCAGAAUGCGCCGCAGGAGACUCCGAAGGCAACGAAACUACACCUUUAUUACGAAAUGGACCAGCGGAGACCAGAGCCAAAGGAGCCUCCUUUGCGUCCUCUGUGUUUAACCUGAUGAAUGCCAUCAUGGGCAGCGGUAUACUGGGUCUAGCUUAUGCUAUGGCUAACACUGGAAUAGUUGGUUUUUGCAUCCUGUUGACAAUAGUUGCCAGCCUGGCAGCAUACUCUAUACAUCUCCUUCUGAAGCUAUGUGACCAAACAGGUAUUAAUUCAUAUGAAGACCUUGGAGGGAAAGCCUUGCAAAAACCAGGAAAAGUUCUUGUUGGAAUUGCUAUUAUUAUCCAAAAUAUCGGUGCCAUGUCAUCCUAUUUGUUCAUCUUGAAGUCUGAGCUCCCUGCAGCCAUCAACAGCUUCAUGAGUCCAGACAGCACAGGAAAUGCCUGGUAUGAAGAUGGCAGGUUGCUUCUGAUACUAGUCACACUAUGUGUUGUUCUGCCUCUGUCGAUAUUGCCUAAAAUUGGCUUUCUGGGCUACACCAGUAGUAUUGCCUCAUUAUUUGUGCUGUAUUUUGCAGUUGUGGUUGUGGUCAAGAAGUGGUCCAUCCCCUGCCCUCUGCCUCACAAUGUGACGACACAUUCCGGUGCCUUCCAGAUAUCAAAUUCCACUGACUCAGAAUGUACGCCCAAACUCUUUGUCAUCUCCAGUAAGAGCGCCUACGCCAUCCCCACCAUGGCCUUCUCCUUUCUGUGUCACACGGCUAUCCUGCCAAUCUACUGCGAGCUGGACCGACCUACAAAGGGCAGGAUGCAGAACGUUGCAAAUGUCAGCAUUAGCCUCAGCUUUCUGCUUUACCUUAUUUCUGCGGUGUUUGGGUACCUCACCUUCUAUGCUCACGUGGGCUCUGAGCUGCUGCUCAGCUACGGCGUCUAUUUGCCUCGGGACAUCAUGGUGAUGACAGUUCGACUGGCCAUCCUACUCUCCGUGUUGCUGACUGUGCCCCUUAUUCACUUCCCCGCCCGUAAGGCUGCGAUCUUACUGCUGUUUGGAGGACGGCCCUUCUCCUGGCUGAUCCACAUCACUGCAACUCUAACCAUCCUGGGUGUGGUGCUGCUGAUGGCCAUCUUCGUGCCUGAUAUCAGAAAUGUGUUUGGACUAGUGGGAUCUACAACAUCCAGCUGCCUGUUGUUUGUUUUUCCUGGCAUUUUCUACCUCAAGAUCAGUAACCAAGCCUUCAGGUCCAUUGACUCUAUCGGGGCUGUUUUUCUGGUGGUGUUUGGUUUGAUUAUGGGACUCAUCAGCUUCUCUGUUAUUGUCAUCACAUGGGUACAGAGCUCCUAACCCUAUCUGACGCCCCUUUCCGAAAUGAACCACAAGAGCAAAGAAAGGGAAAAGUGUGCCAAAGAACUGAAUACUGGAUCAGACAGAUGUUAAUCAGAUCAGCAUCACCUCAGGCAGAUUAUUUAUGGAUCAUGUUUUUUUUCUUUUCUUUUCUGUGAAUUUUCACCUGCCAGGAACAAAAGAUAGAUCAGGUUUAUGUCAAGCAAGUUGUCCAUUUCCUUUAAGUUCUUUUGUAUAAUUAUUUUCAUUUUUACUUUCCAAGCGCCUUUAUUCAUGCACCUUACGUAAAUAUGCUACCAUUUAAAAAUGCUGUCGACCAAGUCUAAGCUGUAAACAUAUCAGUUUUACCUCUUUCUCAGAUUUGGUUUUAUGGCACAUUUUCACAAGUUUACAGACACAAUGACUAAUUUUCAUUCCCGAAUUUAUGGCCAAGUUUUAUUUUAUUAUUUUUAUUCACUUUAUUGUUUUUGGAUUUUUCUUUUAAGCUUGUUUUUAUUGUUUAAUCCAUGUUGAUUUGCCACACCACUUAGAGUUCAAGCCUCAGGUGUUUCUGGUGCUACUUCAAAGUACUCCAUUUGAUUGUAAUGUAAAAUAAUAUAACAUUAUUCUUUGGAAUACUGGCAUAUAAUAAAAGGGAAAUUGCUUAUGUA